GGAAGGGGGAAGGCGGUGAGCAGCUGCGGGGGGCGCAGAGGAGCAAGGUGGCUCCCCAAGGCCCCGCGCCCCGCGGCUUGGGGGACGCACCAGGCAGCCAAUCGCGGCGCAGAGGUGUACAGCAGAUGGCGUCCGACUGCGCCGUGCCUUCCUCCUCCUCUUCCUCCUCCUCCUUUCCCUUCAGUGCCGAGAAGCCAGAGUCGCCGCUGGGUUGCCAGACGCUGGAAUGGGUGGUCUCCGGACUCACCCCACCAUCUUUCUUGCGCUUGGGAAGCUCGGGGCUCAGCGGCUCCAGCAGGCAGCCGAGGCAGCUCGGGCGAGGCGGGAAUAGGCAAAUCAAGAGGUUGACAAUUUGAAGAAUGUUUCCAAAGUGUAAUCUGACUAUCACUCGCUGGCUAUGGAGAAGUAUGAGGAGGCUAUUUCUAUUCCUUUCUCUUUUGCUGUCCCAGAUAUCUCAUUUGGAAGGCAAAAGGGAUAGUCAGUUCAUCUGGAAACCAGGCCCGUGGGGAAAGUGUGCAGGAGACUGUGGGCCAGGAGGAAUCCAGAGCCGUACAUUGUGGUGUUUCCACUUGGAGGGGUGGACAAGUCACCUGUCAAAUUGUGAUGAGAAUAGCAAGCCUUCAAGGGAAAGAAGUUGCUUCCGAGUUUGUGACUGGCACAGAGAGCUCUUCCAGUGGGAGGUUUCCGACUGGCACCAUUGUGUGCUUGUUCCAUCUGCUCAUGGCCAUGCCAGACCAGGGACUACAGAGUGUGUGACAGCUCAGCAUGGACUGCAGCACCGGACUGUGCACUGUGUUCAAAAGUUGAAUAGAACCAGUGUUGCAAAUGAAAUAUGUGAACACUUUGCACCCCAGCCCCGAACUGAGCAAGCUUGCCUCAUUCCUUGCCCCCGGGAUUGUGUUGUGUCUGAGUUCUCACAGUGGUCCAAGUGCAGCAAGCACUGUGGGAAACAGGUGCAGCACAGAACUCGCACAGCUAUUGCUCCCCCUCUCUAUGGAGGUUCCCAGUGCCCCAAUCUGACAGAGUUGAGAACCUGUGAGGCUCCCAUUUCCUGUCCUCCUGGGGAAGAAAAAUAUACUUUUAGCCUUAAAGUUGGACCGUGGAGUAGAUGUAGACUGCCAAAUCUUAAGAACAUUAACCUAAGUGGAAGAACCGUUUUGGAAUUUAGCUCUGAUUCAAAAGAACAAGUCACCUUCAGACACCAGAGUUACAAAUCCCAUCAUCAUUCCCAGCCCUGGGACAUAGAAAUAGGUUAUCAAACCCGGCAGGUUUGGUGUACAAGAAGUGAUGGCAAAAAUGCUCUGUUAAGCCUUUGCAUGCAAGACUCCUUCCCUCUGACUGUCCAGUCUUGCAUUAUGUCAAAAGACUGUGAAACCACCGAGUGGUCCUCCUGGAGCCCCUGUUCCAAGACAUGUCGUUCUGGGAGUCUCUCACCAGGAAUUAGGAGCAGGAGCCGGAAUGUGAAGCAUAUUGCAAUUGGAGGUGGAAAAGAGUGCCCUGAACUUGUGGAGAAAGAGGCCUGCAUUAUCAAAGGAGAACUUCUACAACCAUGCCCCAGGUAUUCCUGGAGGACCUCUGAAUGGAGAGAAUGUCAAGUCUCUCUCCUGCUGGAGCAGCAGGACCCACACUGGCAUGUGAUGGGAUCCAUCUGUGGAGGAGGGAUCCAGACCCGAGAGGUGUACUGUGCCCAGAACACUCCAGCAUCCACUACACAGAGAACCAGGGAAGUUUCUAGACCAGUGGAAAAGGAACUAUGCUUAGGACCUGCCCCCCCAGCCUCUCAGCUCUGCAGUGUCCCUUGCUCUACAGACUGCAUUGUGUCUUCCUGGUCAGCCUGGGGCCUGUGUCUCCAUGAAGACUGUCAUGAUCCUCAGGGGAGAAAAGGUUUUAGAAUAAGACGACGACAUGUCCUCAUGGAAGCCACAGGACCUGAGGGGCAUUGCCCUCACUUAGUGGAAUCUGUUCCUUGUGAAGAUCCCAUGUGUUAUCGAUGGUUGACAACUGAAGGGCUGUGCAUUCCUGGUCAUGGAAAGUGUGGCCCAGGACAUCGUAUUCUGAAGGCAGUCUGUCAGAAUGAACAAGGAGAAGAUGUAUCAGGGAGCCUCUGUCCUGCACCUCGUCCCCCUGAGCGGACAGCCUGUGAAAUUCCCUGCCGAAUGGACUGUGUAGUGAGCAAGUGGACAGAGUGGUCGUCCUGCUCCCAGUCUUGCUCAAAUAAGAACUCGGAUGGAAAACAGACCAGAUUAAGAACUAUCCUGGCACUGUCUGGGGAAGGUGGAAAACCCUGCCCCCCAGGUCACGCCCUCCAAGAAUACCGUCCAUGCAACGACCAUUCAUGCGUACAACACUACUGGGAGACAUCGCCUUGGGGCCCCUGUUCCGAAGAUACUUUGGCAACUGCCCUCAAUGCAACGAUUGGUUGGAAUGAAGAAAUUACGUGUGGUGUGGGCAUUCAAACACGGAGAGUCUUCUGUGUCAAGGGUCAUAUGGGACAAGUAAUGACCAAAAGAUGUCCAGAUACUACACGUCCCGAAACAGUGCGCUCUUGUCUCCUCCCGUGCAAAAAGGACUGCAUUGUGACUGCCUUCAGUGAGUGGACACCCUGCCCAAAGUUUUGCCAACAAGGAAAUGCCACAAUUAAACAAUCUCGAUAUAGGAUUAUCAUCCAAGAAGCUGUCAAUGGAGGCCAAGAAUGCCCAGACACCUUGUUUGAAGAGCGAGAAUGUGAAGACAUCUCACUGUGCCCUGCAUAUCGGUGGAAGCUGCAAAAAUGGAGCCCUUGUAUUUUGGUUCCAGAAUCUGUCAAGCAGGGAAUAAUUGGCAGCAGUGAAGCCUGUGGACAGGGGGUACAAACAAGAGCUGUUUCAUGCAUAUCUGAUGAUAACCAAUCUGCAGAAAUGAUGGAGUGCCUCAAGCAGACAAAUGGCAUGCCUCCCCUUGUUCAAGAAUGCAUGGUCCCAUGUAGAGAUGACUGUGGCUUCACUGCUUGGUCCAAGUUUACACCCUGCUCUGCAAACUGUGAAACAACCAGAAGCAGAAGACGACAACUCACUGGAAAGAGCAAAAGGAAAGAGAAAUGCCAGGAUGCUGACCUGUACCCACUGGUGGAAACUGAACUAUGUCCUUGUGAUGCAUUCAUAUCGCAGUCUUAUGGAAAUUGGUCUGACUGCAUUCUUCCUGAAGGCAGGAAGGAAACUCAGCAAGGAUUAUGGGUGCACAGAGACAGUAAAGAAUGUGGAGAAGGCAUCCGUUUCCAAGCUAUUGCCUGCUUUGAUAAAAGUGGAAAACCCGUGGACCCCUCCCACUGCAGCAGCUCUGGUUAUAUUCAAGAGGAAUGUGUCAUUCCCUGCCCAUUUGAUUGCAAGUUAAGUGAUUGGUCUAGUUGGGGGUCUUGCAGCUCAUCUUGUGGGAUUGGAGUGAGAACUCGAUCCAAAUGGCUAAAAGAAAAGCCUUACAAUGGAGGUCGUCCUUGCCCCAAAUUGGAUCUCAAGAACCAGGUGCAUGAGGCAGUUCCAUGUUACAGUGAGUGCAAUCAGUACUCCUGGGUUGUAGAACACUGGUCUCCUUGCAAAGUCCACAAUGAACUGAGGUCCCAGCGCUGUGGAGGAGGAACGCAAUCUAGGAAAAUCAGAUGUGUGGAUGCUUCAGAUAAUGAAGGUAGAACAGUGGAUAGCAGCCUCUGCAACCAGGAUGAAAUGCCCCCAGAAACUCAACCUUGUUCUCUUCUGUGUCCCAGUGAGUGUGUCAUGACUGAGUGGGAACCCUGGAGCAAAUGCCCACAGUCAUGCAACACAGUGCAGAGAAGAACCCGCCAUCUACUGAGGUCCUCGCUGAACUCAAGGACCUGUGCUGAGGACUCACAGGUGCGACCUUGCCUUCUCAAUGAGAAUUGCUUCCAGUUCCACUAUAACCUAACAGAGUGGAGCACAUGCCAGCUGAGUGAAAAUGCUACCUGUGGGCAAGGGGUAAGGACCCGUCUUCUAAACUGUGUGCGCAGUGAUGGCAAGUCAGUCAGUGUGGACCAGUGUGAACAGCAUAACUUGGAGAAGCCCCAAGGAAUGAGUACCCACUGCCUGGUGGAAUGUGCCGUCAACUGUCAGCUCUCAGGAUGGACAGCUUGGACAGAGUGUUCUCGGACGUGUGGCCAUGGAGGUCGAAUGAGUCGGACUCGAUUUAUCAUUAUGCCAACCCAAGGAGAAGGACGCCCAUGCCCCACAGGACUUACCCAGCAGAAGACCUGUCCAGUGACCCCCUGCUAUAGCUGGGUACUUGGGAAUUGGUCUACAUGUAAAUUGGAGGGAGGAGACUGUGGGGAAGGAGUUCAGAUACGCAACCUUUCCUGCAUGGUCCACAAUGGUUCUGUCUCUCACAAGGGCAUUCAUGUAGAUGACACACUAUGUGGAGAAAGGACAUUUCAAGAUAGCAUCCUAAAGCAACCUUGUUCUGUGCCUUGUCCAGGAGACUGUCAUUUAACAAAGUGGUCAGAGUGGAGCACGUGUGAGUUAACCUGCAUUGAUGGGAGAAGCUUUGAGACAACGGGCCACCAGUCUAGGUCAAGGACAUUUAUAAUACAGUCUUUUGAGAACCAAGACAGCUGUCCCCAGCAAGUUUUAGAAACACGUCCUUGUACAGGAGGCAAAUGCUAUCACUACACAUGGAAAACAAGUCUAUGGAACAAUAAUGAGCGAACUGUCUGGUGUCAACGUUCAGAUGGCAUUAAUGUCACAGGAGGCUGCUCUACUCAGGCACGCCCUGCUGCUAUUCGACAGUGUAAUCCAGCUUGCAGAAAGCCUUUCUCUUACUGUACUCAGGGUGGAGUCUGUGGUUGUGAGAAGGGCUACACAGAGAUAAUGAGAUCAAAUGGUUUCCUGGAUUACUGCAUGAAAGUACCUGGUUCAGAGCACAAAAAAGCUGAUGUGAAAAACCUCGCUGGGAAAAGCAAACCUGUGAAUUCAAAGAUACACGAUAUUUUUAAAGGAUGGUCUCUUCAACCCCUUGAGCCAGAUGGCCGUGUGAAAAUUUGGGUUUACGGUGUUUCCGGUGCCAGUUUUCUUAUCAUGAUUUUCCUAGUAUUUACAUCUUACCUUGUUUGCAAGAAGCCAAAACCACAUCAAAGCACACCUCCCCAACAGAAGCCUCUGACCUUAGCCUAUGAUGGAGACUUAGACAUGUAACCUGGACGAAAAAAAAAAAAUCCAAAUGUAGACAUCAACUGCCUUAAUUGCUUUCUCUUUUGUAGCUCUCAGACUUCUCAGUUUUUUGAGGAAUCUCACAAUGUGAUAUAUUGGGCAGAAUACAACUACUGCAAAAGUAAUAUUGCCUCAACUUCAUUUGGACAUGGAGUCAAGGAUUAUUAGGUCUGCUAUUUCGCUUUGAAGUUUCUUGUGGGUGUGAGUGUUUAAACAAUUUUUUUUUCCAAUUUUUUUCAAGGGACCUGAAAACUUUUCUCUUUCAAUUUGGAAAUGGUAGGAAGAAAACAUGUUAACAAAUCCCCACAAACUUGAGUAAACUUUAUCUUCAGCAGCAUGAUGACAAUCCAAAAGAAAGUCAAAUCCAGGCAUUUACUGUAAACGAUGAGUCUGACACUGCAUUGCUAUGCACUAUAUUAGUGCAAAUCCUUAUUCUUCCCAUGCUUCAACACUAAGUUUUCUAGAGUUUACAUUGGUUCAAAGACUCUCAAAUUGGAUUGCCUAUUUUCAUGAACACAGAGAGAAUGUGUUACCAUUUCAGAAAUGCUCUGAGUUUUUACCUUUAAAUAUUGUAUUCUGUUUUGUAGCCAGGGUCUGAUGGCACUUCUUAGGUUGCAUCUGUUGAAAUAAAUGGAGUGUAUGUGAUUGUUGGACUAGGUGAAAGCUAGGUGAUUGUUUUGAAUGAACUGUGUACUGGAUGUUAGGGUGUACAAGUGAAGUAGGUGGUCAUGUUGGAGAGUGAGGUAAAUUUAUUUGGUUAACUCAAAUUGUAUUUUAGCUAAAACUUAGCCAUGUAGAUGGAGCAUUAACCAUACACAGUUGUAACUCAGUUUCGCGAUAAACCCUGCUUUUGUAAUUUCCAUUUCCGUAUCUAAAUAUUUAUACAUUCUUUUGUUUUAUUUAAUUAGGUGACCUCAUUUAAUAUACAUCAAACACCAAUCCUGUUUAUAGCAAGUCUUGCUUUUAUAAGGUUUCGGUAUCUAAACUAACACAUUAAAAAGUUGAGAUCAUUUUAUGAUGAUAAUUGUUUGUAAAUGUAGAUGUUGAAAAUAAGAAGGUGCCAUCUUGUGGUAAUGACUUGUAUUUCUAACAAAUAAAGUGCCCAAAAGACUGAGA